AUGAAACGGGACAAAUCAUUCAAACGUGAGGAUCUGUCCUUGAAGGAGAUAAGACGGUUAAUGGUAACAAACUCUACCGGAGAAUUCACUCGUCUGAGUAAGAAUCACAUAUAUGCUUGCAUCUUACUGCUGCAAUCACUAUAUCGUCGCGGUCAGGAGUUUGACAAAUUGGCUUUUAGGAGGGUGGAGAAAUAUCAUGGAAUCUCGUCUUCCUCCCUGAAAAAGAUCAGAGAGAGCAUGCAAGUCCGAGGUGCCAAUCUGGCAUUCAUAACACUGCAAUACUUGAUCAGAAUACAAUGCGAAUGGAGGUCCGGAACCCUACGGGAGGCCAUAUUUUGGAUGGACGUGAUGGAGGAUCUAGGGUUCUCGCCGACACUCGCGGACUACACCAACAUUAUCUAUAGAGGCAUUGAAUUAGAAAAUUACGACAUCGUUCGUAGGUAUAUAAGGAGACUGGUUGAUGCCGGACUGAGCCCAACUCUGAAAAAUGUGGGUGCCGUUCUUGGAUUCUCUGAGAGCAAUUACAGAUUCAAAUUGGUUGAGUCAUCGUUUCAACAAUUCUUUCACGAAGGAUACUUCGAACCCACGAAAGAUAAUUAUAACUGGUUACUCUUCCGUUACGCAAAACUGGACAGAAGGAAUCGAGUGGGGAAAUACUUUGAAGAGAUGAUCAAGGAACGAUUGUACCCCGACACCUUAACAUUUCAAUCCUUGAUAGCCGCUGAAAUUGGAUUCUACGGUGAGCGUAAAUCAUCUGCCGAAAGAUUAGCGACGUCAAUUGGCCACUAUAAAGAGAUGCAAAGCAAAUAUGUGCUGAAGCCGAAUUCUUUUAUUUAUUUUUCCUUGUUAAACAGAAUCAUCAACCCGCCGUCGGACGUUAGACACGCCAAUCGAACGAUCGAGGAUUACGAUGUGAUUCGUGAGCUGACCGUAGGAUUGUUAUCCUGCUUAACUCCGGACUGUCAGAUCCUCAACAAGGUGUCCAAUAACUUUUUGAAAAAACUUUUCUCCCUACUCUUACUUCGCAAUUAUCUACGCGAGGCACAACUGGUAUAUCAAGAGCUACGGGAUCGAAACCCAAAAAAUAUAAACAAAAAAGGUGCCAGAGAGUUAAUAGAAGCAUUCACGAAAUCAAGUAAUCCGAGUUUGGCGAGAAACCUUUUUCACGAGAUGAUAUCCUCUGGAGUUCAGCCAGUGUCAAAGUAUUAUGGAAUAAUACUCGAGGCAUACCUCAAUGAUAACGACCUAAUAUCAUCCUUAAAAUUCUAUGAAAUCAUCAGGGAACACGAAAUCGUCCCGAGUGAAAUAAAUUACUUGCAUCUCAUAAGGGCGUUGAUCUACCAUCAGGAGAUCGAGAAAGCGAACGAGGUUUUCGAGGAUGCCGUGCGGCAUUACGGAAGACCGUGUCUGCCAAUUUUUAACACUUUACUCCACGGAUAUUUCAUGGCGGCGGAUGAUGAGUCGGCACAGAAACUGUUGAACGACAUGGAAGCUAAAUAUGGCGUAGAGCCUAACGUGAUUACCUAUAAUAUACUCAUCCAAGGAUACGCCAAGAUGAAGUGGAGUAACCUUUCCGGGAUUCGCAAGAUUUACGAAAAGAUGAAACGGAACAAUGUCAAGCCGGAUAGUAUCACGUUCAGAAAUUUAAUGCUGGCGAGCUUAAAGCACGGAGACAUAGGGCAGGCAAGAAGGUACUUUGAUGAGAAUGUGGAGGCGAACGUCGAAGUGAAUUUUCGAGGUGGAAUCACAUUGAUGAAUUAUUUGGUGAUUUCCGGUGAUGGCAGUGGAGAUCAUAUGAAUUUUUGUCUGAGGAUAUACGAAGAGUUAAAAAAAAAUGAUAAGGUGAAUAAACAGGUUUUCGAAACUUUAUUGUAUGGAUCCCAGAAAUUUGGAGAUUUGAGGAUGAAGGAGGGAAUAGAAAAGGAGAUUAAGGAAGCAGGUUUUGAUGAAAGCGAAGAGUUCGCAUUCAUAGAACAGCAGGGGGCUACGGAUUUGACAAAUCUGGAAUGA